CUUUGCCGCCGCUGCUGCUGCUGCUGCUUCUCCUCCCGUGCGGAGACUUUAACACGAUAACAGAUAAAGUUUGGUAGCGGACUCGCGGGUUUUCCCCCCGGCUUUAUUCCCCCUGUCUCCCCCCGGAGCGGUCCGGAGCGGUCCGCAGCAGCCGUCCCCCCGCAGAGGAGCGUUUUUCCCCGGCGGCGGCAGCAGCGGGUCCCGCUGCUCAACAUGGUGGCCUGGCGGCGAGGAGGAGGAGGCGGCGAGAGCAGCUCCGUCCCGGGACUUCUCCGGGGUUUCUAGAGCCGCUGGGACAGAUCCUGCAGGGAAACCACCAGAGCUGCAAAGAAGGAUUGUUUUCGGUUUUAUUUGGAGUGUUUUUGAGGGCGGGAGUGGAAGCGGCUCUCUGUCAGGUUAAAGCCCGAGAAAGAAGCGGCGGAGGCGGAUCAGCAGCUCCGUCCUGCGCCCUGCAGGAGGAUCAUCGGAGUUUACCUCCAAAGUCGCCUCAAAGUUUAUUUUUUCACAUGCAAAAGUUGCAAAACAAGUUUCAAGACAAGUUGCACGUCCUAGAUUGGGAAAGUGUGCAGUAGUUUAUGUUUUUACCAGGGAUGCUGCGACUUUCUGGGAUGAAUUGGAGCACAAGUGCAGCCUGCAGGAACUUACUUUCUAUCAAAUAACCAACUUGGAUUGUGCUGUAUUUUUACUCUUGGUGAUUAUUAUUAUGGGUUAUUAUUACCAUGGCCUGAUGCAAAGUGGCCGGGUGUUUUGGAAACGAGAGCAGGUGGUUUUUUGGAUGAUGACAGAGAAAAGCGAUGGCUUCCCUUGGUUGUGAUUUUACGUAGAGAGGAUUUAUUUACAUGGAGACUCGCCUGACAUGCCGAGGAAGGAGUUGCCACUACCUGACGGCUGGGAGGAAGCCAUAGACUUUGAUGGCAAAGUUUACUACAUUGACCACGUACACCAGUGCACCAGCUGGAUCGACCCCCGGGACAGGCAGACAAAACCUCUGACCUUCGCCGACUGCAUCGGAGAUGAGCUGCCCGUGGGCUGGGAGGAGGCGUACGACCCCGUCGUCGGAUCGUACUAUGUCGACCACAACACCAAGAGCACCCAGCUGGAGGACCCGCGGGCCCAGUGGCAGCGGGAGCAGGAGGCCAUGCUGCGGGACUACCUGGCCGUGGCCCGGGACGCGCUCAGCGCCCAGAAGGAGAUCUACCAGGUGAAGGAGCAGCGGCUGCGGCUGGCGCAGCAGGAGUACCGGCAGCUCAGCGACGUGUGGAGGGACAAGUCCACGUCGCAGACCAGCUUGAAUUCCAGAUCGUCCUCUUCCAGCAAAUAUGACCCAGAGAUCCUGAAAGCAGAGAUCGCCACAGCCAAAAGUCGGGUGAACAAACUGAAGCGGGACCUGGCCUGCAUGAAGCAGGAGCUGCAGUACAAAGAGCAAGGCUUUGAGACGCUGAAAGAGAUCGACCAGAAGGUUUCCAGCAGCCCGUAUGGCUACAAGCUGCAGGAGGCGCAGGCCAUCCUCAACGAGGUCCGCUCCAUCCGAGACGCCAUCAGCUCCGGGGAGAAGGAGAAGCAGGAGCUCAUGCAGAAACUGGCCGUGUUGAAGGAUGGGUUCCAGCUGGACUCGGGCUCCCAGCAGGAGCUCUGGGGCAGCACGCCGUCACUCAACUCUGACACGUCCGGGACCAGAAUCUACUCUGAUGCUGGAUCCCAGACAGACAUCCCCACGGAGUUUACCACCAGCACCAACAAACUGGCAGAGAAGGUUCGUCUGAGCCUGAAGUACGAGGAAGCCAAGAGAAGGAUCGCCACCAUCGAGGUGCAGAUCGCCAAACUGGACAGCGAGGCGUGGCCGGGGCUGCUGGACCCGGAGCGAGACCGGCUGAUCCUCAUCAACGAGAAGGAGGAGCUGCUGAAGGAGCUGCAGUACGUCAGCCCGCGCCAGCGCCUGGAGCCCAACGACGCCCAGAAGCUGGAGUCGGAGAAGAAACGUCUGGAGAGAGACCUGCAGGCCGCCAGGGACAACCAGAGCAAGGCUCUGACCGAGAGGCUGAGACUUCACUGCAAGAGGAACAAGCUGGUGAGAGAGCUGGAGGAGAUGGUUCGGCUGGCCACGUCGCUGCACACGCAGCUCAAGAGUCUGUCGGCCAGCACCCUCUCCUGCUCGUCCGGCAGCAGUCGGGGGUCCCUGACGUCCAGCCGGGGCUCUCUGGCCACCACCUCCUCCCUGGGCUCCACGUCCUCCCUCAGCUUCACCGACAUCUACCUGGAGCAGCCGGAGCUGGCCGACCCGGACCUGCGGAACAAGCUGGACAGUCUCCUGCAGGACGGAGGCCAGGGCGUGUACCGGCCCUCCAGCUCCAUCCCCACCAUACACGAACACGAGGUGGUGACGGGCUCCGUGGGCAGGGACGCCGGCAGGCCCGAGAGCAGAGUCGGGGGGGGAGACGCUGCGUGUCCCGCUGGAUCUGCUGCCGGCGUCGGAGCGGAGUUAGGCUCUUCUAGGAUCCAGGUCCUCAGACUGUCGGAGACGCCUCGCUCUAUGAACUCUUUAUCUCCACGCUCGUCUCUGUCCUCGCUGUCUCCGCCGUGCUCGCCGCUGGUCACGGACACUAGUUUCCUGUCGGGGGAGACGUUUGCGGGCCAGACGGGAUCUGGCGGGCUGGGCAUGGACUUGGAGCUCCACAGCAGGCUGGCAGAGCUGGAGCUGGACUCUGAAGAGCAGCGGCCCGAGCAGCACAGCGAGCUGGAGGCCAAGCAUGACCACGACACGCUGGGAGAGGAGGGAAAAGACUCGGCUCCCCAGCUGCGAGGGGUGGGGCCAAAGAAGAUGGGCGUGACCUCGGCUGUGUCGGACGAGUCGGUCGCUGGAGACAGCGGAGUGUACGAGCCAUCAGAGCGCAAGCCGGGCCUCCCUCCAGACCUCAGUUCCUACGAGGAGAAACUUUCCUCCGGCUGCUCUCAGGUGCAGCUCGGCUUCUGCUACGAGUCCAGAGACCAGCGCUUCACCAUCUACGUCAUGCAGCUGUCCAACUGCAGCACCCUCUGUCUGUCCGCCGAGCAGAAAAUACACGUCCGCGUGGCGGUGCUGCCGUGCAUACAGACCAUCCGCUGCCUCUUCCGGACGCGCGUCUUACCGCCUCAGGACGUCGUGGAGAUCAACGAGGUGUUCGGCAUGCAGAUAUCCCAGAGUGCACUGCGGCAGAAGACCCUGAGGGUCGACGUCUGCAGCACGAGGAAGUCGGGCCAUGAGGAGUGUGUGGCGGGGUCUCAGAUCAGCCUGGCUGAUGUCAACUGUUCGGAGGAGAGAAGCACCAAGUGGUACAACCUCCUGAGCCGGGUCUACAUGCCCGACGUCGACAGCAAGGACAAGGAGAGCAGAGAGGCCGGCGGCUCGGAGACGACCGGCGUCUGCUGCAGCGACAGAGUUGGAGCUCCUGAGGAAGAAGAUGAGUGGCAGGGCGACCCGCUGGAGACAGACAUGUUUGAUGAGGAAGAAGGAAACGGCGUGGAGGGGGUCGGGCCUCUGGAGGUGGAGGAGGAGUUUUACCCUGAGAGCAGCCAAUGGGAGGCCGAGGAAGAGGAGGAUGUGGGGGAGGAGAAGGUGAAGAAUCCCCCUCCGACAGCAGCGCCCAUCCCGGAGAAGGUGAACAAGGAGACGAGUGUGGCCGGUUUAUCCCAUCACUGCUCCGUUGUCCGACCUAAGGAGCGGCGGCCGGACGUCCACCAGCAGAUCCCCUUCAUGAGAGGCAACACCAUCAUCCGCUCCAAGACCUUCUCCCCCGGCCCGCAGAGCCAGUACAUCUGCAGGAUAAACCGCAGCGACAGCGACAGCUCCACCCUCGCCAAGAAGUCUCCGUUUGUCAGAAAUGCUUCCGAGAGGCGCAGCAUGCGCAUGAAAAAGCCUCUCCUCCAGGCCAAGAGUCUGGACUGCCUGCUCCGGACGUCCCUGGACCUGGAGCUGGACCUGCAGGUGUCCCGGACGCGGCAGGCCCGGCUGCUGCAGGAGCUGCGGGUGCUGCGGGAACUCAAGACGCAGCUGGAGCAGGCGCGGCAGCAGGGCCAGAAGGAGCUGCCCGCCUGGGUGCAAGAGGACGAACGCUUCCGCCUCCUGCUCAGGCAGGCCGAGAAACAGACUCAUGAGGAGCAGCUGCAGGAGAAGAGAGUGGAGAAGAUGAUGAGGGACGCAGCCAAAUAUGUCCACAAGAUCAGAGGACAGAGCGGGAAGGAGGUCCCUGAGGUCCAGACCUUCAGAGAAAAAAUGGCGUUCUUCACACGAGCAAAGUCCUGCAUUCCCGACCUGCCGGCCGACGACGUGUAGUGAAGGAUUUCUUAGCGUUUUCCCUCCCGAAGCUCAACCUGCGCAAGGAAGCGAACGUUCAACGGUGUCAUGAAGAAUUUGUAAAAAAUUAGUAGGAGGAAAAAAAACACGACAAAAAAAACAUUGAAAAUGGUGAAGAAGCUCAGCAUUUCUCAUGUGGAUAGUCUGUAAAUUAGUAGCAACACUGCUGAAGCUCUUUUAUUAUUGUUCCACUCUCCUCCACUCUGCUGCUUUCUUUCUGUUACUAACCGGCUGUUUAUAGACGCUUAGAUGUUUAAAAUCAUUCCAGCAAGAGUCACGCGCUCCCACGCGUGCGAUCAAGACUUUUAUUGUAAAGUGACAUGUACAUGGAAAGCACAAGAUAAAAUCAAACAUGGUACAAUACUUUAAUCCAAGCUGACGUUGAAGCCAAGAGCACCGGGAACAUUUUACAAGCAAACGUAGAAGCACAAAAGGUCUUUUUUUCCAGUAUAACUUCCCAUUUUGACAUAAUCAAAACAUUUCUACAUUAGUAGAUAUGAAUCCAGUAUUUUUCUUUAAACAGCCUGUUAAAGUCACUGUAUUUUGUUGAAGUUUAACAAGAGUUAUAAACCUUCAGAUUCUAAUUCUCCAAAAAUUAUUUUUAUAAAAAGAGUUUACUUUGAAAUCUCUCUUUAUUAAGAGGAGAGAUUUCAAAAGUAAAACUCAAGUUAUUUUCCUAGUUGACUCCACAGUUACUACAACUCCCAGGGUGCAUUUCCUUUUAAACUCUUGACUUUGUUCAGAUGGUUAAAGUUGUGUUUAGGAAGAUUAGGAAGACAUUUGUGGUUCUCUGUUAUCGUUUAAACCAGGGGUGUCAAAUGUGCGGCCCGCGGGCCACAUACGGCCCGAGAGAGAUUUUCAUGCGGCCCGUGAGAAGUUUCCAACGCAAAAAAACUAAAUGUUAAUAAAGGCAUAAAUAAUUGCCAUGAAUCGCAGCAUAUCCGAUAAUAUAUUUCUUCUACAAAUCCAUCGUUAUUCCACAAAUAGAGCAGUUUUUGACAUUUUUUUAGUUUUCUAGAAUGCAUUUGCCGAUUUUUAUUUCUUUGUAGACGGUCGUUUAUUUUUAUUAACUGACUACUAUUAUAUAUUUUCGCAGGAAAAAUAUCACUAUCAAUAUCAAAAAGAUGAUAGAAGAUAUUUAUUCGGAGAAUUUCAGUUUUGAAUACGAGGAUAGUGACAAAGUAAAACAGUUAAAAGAGAAGUGCUGACUUUUUCGGCACACUGACGUAAAUAUCUGCGCCAAUUUUUAAAAAUGAAUACACUAAAUUGUACUGGAAAAAUCUAUAAAUCAGAAAGAAACACUCUCGGAUGUAAUAAGAAAGAUUUUGGUUUUAAUUAAGUUUCCCAUAAAAAAGCUAAAUAUAAAAAAAAACAUACUUGUUUCUGUUUGUCUUUGUAAAAUGAUAUUAAAAGUAUUUACAUAAUUUCAAGAAAAGAUCCUGAAGAAAUAUAUUUUACAUAAUUAGAGUGUAAACAAAGUGCAUAUUUCCUUUAAAAUUAACUAAACUGAUAUUGGAUUAGAUAACAAUAGUAAAAAAAAAAAAAAGGAUUAGAAAAAAAAAUGUUCGCACUGUUUCAGUGUGCAGCCCGAGAGAAAAAGUUGGUCAAAUCCGGCCCGCCAAGCAAAGUGAGUUUGACACCCCUGGUUUAAACAUUUUGACUUUUAUGGCUCCAGUUCAGAGACGUCUCGGCUUUGGAACCAGGUAAAACCGCUCUGUUGUUCUCUGAGUUGUGUGUGACGGAGAAGCUUUCAUAAAUACCAACCGUGUUUGAGACGGGAGCUCAAAAACUCUUUUAGUUUUUAUUCCUUCAGUCUGAGCUCCCCAAGUAACUUGUUAGUUACAACAAAUCCUGAAAUUGCUGAUUAUUUUUUUCACCUCUUGAGAACAUCAGUCAAUUAUGGCAUUUAGAAAUCCCACAAAGCAAUAAAAACAACAUUUAAAUCAAAGUCAAAGCUUUAAAUAAUCACCAGGUUUGGAUGUGGCACAUUUUGAGUAUUUCUACGUAACAAUAACAAAAAUUAUCCAAACUUUUGAUCACAACAUGAACCUGUUUUGACCAUCAAGCCCAAAUACAAUAAUUACAAAUCAGAAUCAAAAAUUGUGUAUUUGCUCCUUUCUCAAUCCAGAUCCUGCUUACAGGGACAUAAAUACAUAAACUUAUGGAACUGGAGAUGUUUUUAUUUUUACUCAGAACCCUUGGGAACAAAAUAAGACAUCGAGAUAAAUUUCAAUCUGAAGGAUUAUAGCUCCAACGGCUUCAACAAAAACUGGAUUUAAUGUAUUUAUUGAUUUUUUUACAAGGCUGCAGGUUUGCUUGUAAAUCUGCAAAGACCUUCAGUUGAAACUCACUGCAAAAAACACUAAAACAUCUCGGCGGGGAAAUCUGGGGCCGUCGUCGAUUUCCAUACGUUAGUGGGAAAACAGAUCUUUCUUUGACCUAAAAUAUCCUCGUGAUCGUCUGGAACCAGCCACACAUUCAUGCAGCCAAGCGUAGAAACGGCGCUGACUCUCACUAACACUCAGGUAGAUGAUCGGAUAGUCUGCACUUUAAAAAAAGAAAAGAAAGAAGAAAAAAAAAGAAACUUGAUGUGGGUUUUUGGAAAGAAAAGAAAAUCCAGAAACCUUUGCCUCACGCUGGAAUGAUUGAUUGUUGAAGCACACAAUGAUUGUCGAAAACACUCGCAGGAGGUAAAGAUGAAAUGUAUUUUUGAUGACUGUGAACUUUUACUGAUUGUAUAAUUGUUCGACUGGAAGUUUAAAAAAAAUAGAACGAAACAAGCAGCCAAUAGGAAGACAGAAGUCCCACUUUUUAUCCUUAAAGGUCCUACUCUUCUCUCUGAUUGGCUGGUUUCAGCACUGGUUUUGAUGGUUUCAUCCCCGCGUUUUCAUGCUGUAACUGGAUGUUUUGGAUGCAUAUCAGAGUUGCUGUCACAUCUGUGAACAUCAGCACGAAUCUACCAGCAACACUGAGCAAAAUCACCUUUUACUUCCCCCAAUUUACACAUUUAAAUGAACUAUGAAGUAUCUGCAUCGCAGCUUUUUAUUGUCUUUCAGCUCAUUGAUUUGUUUCACAACUUUUUCUUUUGGCUCACCUUGACAGGCGUCUGUUUGUCUCUUUACUUGAUUAUUAAUCAAAAAACACUACCAAAAACACGAGAACAACACUAUUUAUGUUCAACUUAAAAUCACCUGGGAGGCAUAAAUGCUACAAAUGCAUCAUUAUGUGAAUUCUGUAUUGGAGAGCUGAAUCAGGGUCAUAAUGGGGGGAAACAAAAGACAAAAAUUUAGGAAACCUAAGUUCAAAUGAAAAGUUAAAUUUGACCGUCAACUUUGAAAAACAAAACUAAAGUCUAGCCAAAGUUUCAUUCACAUUUUUCUUUUCCCAUUUUCAGAUUUCAGAUUCCGAUCUUUUCCAUCAAGAUCUAUUUUAACUUAAGUUUCUUCAAUUUUCAGAUUUCUGCUGUUCAGGCUGCCCCCAAGUGUAUGGAGGAUUUUUUGUGCCAAAAUGAAAUGAAUAAAUACAUCAUUAAUUCAUUAAAAUGGGAAUGAAAUAUAUCAUUAAUGAAUUAAAUGUGUCAUUAAUUAAUUAAAAUUUGAAUUAAAUAUGUCAAUAAUUAAUUAUAAUACAAUUCAUUUUAAGUAAAAAAAGAUAUUUAUUAUUUCAGCAUUUAAUUAAUUAAUGACACAUUUAAUUAAUGAUUUCGUGUUGUGUGUGAAUCAUGAAAUGUAAAACUGCAUUUAAUUAAUUAAUGACACAUUUAAUUAAUUAAUGAUAUAUUUCAUUCCCAUUUUAAUUAAUUAAUGAUGUAUUUAUUUAUCUAAUUUUGGCACAAAAAAUCCUCCAUACAAGUGGCCCAAAAAAAAAAAAGAUUUAAUGUUCACAGGCGAAUGAAACGACACGAUUCUUGUUUUCGACAGUGCACGUGUUUAUCGUCGUGCUGCUUCGUUACAGUUCUUUGCUGGGACACCCGGCUACACUUCGGUACGUUAUGUCACCAUGCUGCUGAACUUCCAGAUGUUUCCCUUUAUUUUACUGCCGGAAACAGCUCUGUUAAAAGUUUUAAGGGGUAGAGUCAGACGGAAAUAAAGAGGAAUAGGUGCUUUAACGCCACUCUGAUCUGGGUCUGUGAUGUCACAGUUUCCCACGAAAUUUGAACAACUCCCGAUUGAGAUUUGUCUCAGACUCCCAGGCCAAAAACCAAGAGAGAAGACUUUGAGCUGUAGUCAUUUCAUGCGACAUAAUCAGUACUCGAGUUGUAAAAAAAAAAAGUUUUCUGAACUUAUCAAUAUGACUCUGUCCUUCACAGGAUAAGUAAAAUGGAUCACUGCAAAAACUCACAAUCUUAACAAGAAUAUUUGUCUUAUUUCUAGUUAAAAUGUCUCAUUUUGGUAAAAAAAAAAUUUCAUUACACUUAAAACAAGACUCAUCACUGGAAAAAACAACAAUUUUCACCUGUUUCAAGUAGAUUUUCACUUGAAAUAAGUAGAAAAAUCUGCCAGUGGGACAAUAUUCUUUUGUUUGUAAUAAGAAGAUAAAUCUUGUUCCACUGGCAGAUUUUCCUACUUAUUUCCAAUGAAAAUUUACUUGAAACAGGUGAAAAUUGUCAAAUAAGUUAUUUUUGUGGUGAUGACUCUAAAUGUUGAAAUAGCGGUAAAACCACAUUCAUUGAUAAAAUGACAUGCCAUCCCCCCUCAUCCCCCCUCAACUCGAGUACUGUACAUAAUAUACAAACAUACAGUAAUGUCUCCAUUAAUAUCCGGUCAGGAGCUACAGGUGGAAAUGAGAACGUUGGUGUGAACUCUGCUUCAUUCAGGCCAGAACUGUCCAUUAAAACUAAUGAAAGGAUAUGGAGCUUCAGCGCUGAGGGAGCUGUUUUCUGUCUGUUUUCUGUCUGUUUUCUGUCUGUUUUCUGUGAAACCAGGGGUUCCUGGGGGGACAGUAUUUGAGUUCUGCUGCAGAAAGGGGUCCAGGUUCGGUGCACAGGUGUGCUGCACUGUUCUAUGAUUGUGAGGGGGAGUAAUCCAGUGUUAGGAUGAAUACUCUGAGUCCAAACGGUGCAUCAUUCAUUGAGACUGGGUUGAAUUUUACUGCAUCAUUUUAGAUAAAUGUGUUUAUGAAGAAGUAUUCAAGUGCUUCUCAGCACCGAAAUACUUGUUUGAUCGUUGUUUUUUUUGCCUUGUCUCUCCAUCUCUCUGUUACUUCCAGCUCCUCCCCAACAACUGUCACUAGCAGAUAAAAAGCACAAGAAAACAGAUUUAGUGCUCGGUCACUAAAAGUUCUUAAUCCUUGUAGCACCCUAUAAUGUAAUAAUUUCCUGAAAAUGUAAUAAUCUCCUGAAAAUUUAAUAAAAUUUGCACUUAACUCAAUCGAAAAUGUAAUAAAAUCCAAUAAUGUAAUAACUUCACCAAUAACGUAAUAAAAUAUCCUGACUGAUAUUGUAAUAACAUUUUUACCGAUAAUAUAAUACCUUGGGAUUUUAUUUGGGAUAUAUUGGGAAUUUAUUACAUUUUCAGGUGGGUCUUUUUUUUUUUCCAAAACUGAUGAUGUAAUACUUGACAAAUAAUGUAAUAUAUAUGUUCAUUUUCAGUCCAGAGUUCUACAUUUUGUGUUUUAAGAAUCUAAGAAUGUUAUAUAUUCUGGAUUUGAAACACCAGAAUGACUAUUGGGUUAAAUUGCAGACUUUGAGUACCAUGUAAUAAAUUCCCAAUAAUGUAAUAAGGUAUUACAUUAUUGGUAAAAAUGUUAUUACAAUAUCCGUCAGGAUGUUUUAUUACAUUAUUGGUGAAGUUAUUACAUUAUUGGGUUUUAUUACAUUUUCGAUUGAGUUAAGUGCAAAUUUUAUUACAUUUUCAGGAGAUUAUUACAUUAUAGGAGCUACAAUCCUGCCAUUCCCAAACACAGAACAUGCUGAUCAUUUUCAUUGAUCGGACUGUUGGGAUUGUUAUUGAUCGGGUUCAGGAUUUCUUCCUCCAGCGUGAGAGCAGCCCACAGAACUGAGGAGUUUUCUCUGCGACGUGGAAAAAAGAAAUUUGCUCCAGUCGCAUCAGACGGCAUGCUUUUGGAAAGCAACCUUUCUUUUCCUUUUUUUGUCCUUUUUUUGUCUCUUAAUUGUAAAACUCAACCACCGUCUAAUGAGUGAGAUGCAGCGAGAGACUUGUUCUGUGAAUGUGGCGAGUUUUUAAUUUCCUCUGUAGGGCAGAUAGAUGAAAGAAAUAGAAAAUAGCAGCGGAUUAACCUCAAAAUCAAAGAAGAGUCACUUACACAAAAACCUAGAUGAAAGAAAGUAGGAUGUUUUUCCUGAGAAAUCAGUCAGAAAAAGAAAAAAGUGAUUUUGUCAUGUAGUUUGUGACUUGAUUUGUGUUUUGUUUCCACCCCUACCAAGCUAAGUGCAUUUUUUAUUUCCACUUAUUUUAUUUUCUCCUAAUGAAUCCGUUGGUAUUACAUCUGCUGGUGAACCUGGUGAUGUGUCUGUGGUUGGCUAAGAGAAACGCAGCAUGUAUUUAUUGCACUUUUGUGAUUUGGGUGUGCUUCUCCCUCCCUGACCCCCCCAUCUUUUUCUUUUGUUGAAAGUCCUGAAAAGCUGUGAAUUUUAUUCUCUGACACUGAACUGUCAACAAGAGUUGUAAAUAUUUCACCAGCACAAAAAAAAAAGCAAACAAAACAAAAACAAACAGUAUGUUUUGUAGUUUCACAACAAAUAAAGAAAAAUUCUUCUCUUCUACU